UCGUAAUGAUUUUAGUGAAGCCCAAAGUGGGAAGGACAUUUGUGACAGACGAACAGCUCCUAUGAAAAUCCAUGUUAAACGAUAUGGCAAUGAAGGACAUGAUAUAACAACAGCCGAAGAGUUAAAAGUAGCACUUGAGAGUUUUGGUGGAAUUCAAGACACACAUGUGUAUACAGCUGAAAUCGAUUUUGAUUGUCAGAAUAUGAAUAAAUGUUCUAUUCCUGAAAUCAACUUGUAUAACAACUUCCAAUUUGAGGAAACUGGGAUAAGAAUGUGGCUAGGAUAUAACAUUGGUGAGGGAAAGUUCAUUCCAUAUAAAACUAUUCAUGGAACUGCCAACUCGCAACAAGGAGACACAAAUCUAGUGAUUUUGGAGCAUCCAAAGGGGACAAAAAGAAGAUGUGAUUCCUGCCCAAGAAAAAGAAAAUAUAAAGACACACUUCAAAAGCAGGAGGAGGAGGCAGUUGAUGAAGUGGAUGAUUAUACCUGUGGUGAAUGUGGUAUUACCUUUAAUUCCCUUAAAGACUAUAACCUACACCAAGACCUUGGGAAUCACAAAAUCAAAAGAUCAUGUCAAAAUGAUCUGGUCAACUAAAUGUGUCACCAUCAAAAAGAACGUAACCAAGCACCCUUCUGUUUGUGAAAUACAGGAUACUCAGAAUAGUUUAGUGAAAGGGUGGGCUUUAAAAGGGAAACGGGUCAGUAAAAGAUUUUCGAAGAAAGUAAAAGACUUUGUUGCUCAGCUAUAUGAUGAGGGUGAAAGAACAGGCCGUAAAUACACCCCCACAGAAGCUUCGAAGAAGUUGAGAUCGGCAAGAGAUGGAAAUGGAAAUCGCCUCUUUUUGCCAGAGGAAUGGCUUACUUCCCAACAAGUCCAAAGACUAUUUUGUAGACAUACACAAAAAGCAGUUUCAAGUGUUGAAACCAAAGAAGAGAAUGAUGAGGAUUUAGAUGAAAUUAUAAAU